UAUUUAGCUAGCUAGUUAGUCAGCUUAGAAGGUAAAGAUUCCAGCUAACGUUAGCUAAUGGGUCGAAUUUAUCAGAGUUCGUCAGCCAUCUAGGUAGCAGGAGAAAUUUAAAUGUUGAAGUCAGAUGUGCACGCUGUCUAAAUGCAAGUUGUCCAGAAGGACACUGUGAUCCCUGCAGUCAUCAGUGGAAAUACACCAUUCUCAUACCUUCACCCCAAGCUUUGUCAGUAAAAAAUCUGUCCAGUCCAUGCACUGAGUCUCCCUGAAGAGAAGGAUUUCUUGUGAGUCUCUUCAUCACAGUGAGGAUCACAGUGAGUGGACAGACCAGCCCACAGACCCACCGUCCACCUUUGUAAGCAUGCACAGACCUGGCACCUCAAGCGGCGAAUUGGGGUUCCUGCCACCUCUGUAUCCCAUUUCGGGGUUAGGUCACCCCGCAGAGCCGGGGGUGAACCGAGGGGGUGCAGAGGCUAUGAACCUUGCUGGAGCAUCAGUCCCAAAUACGAGCUGGGAGAAACGUUGCCUACGGAAGCACAGGAGAAGGCCUGACGACGAAGCGUGUAGUGCCAAGAGGCGGCGGUUGUCGGGGGAGGCGGGCUCCACACCGUGGGGUGACCCCAGCCCAAAGCAGUGGGUGGGCUGGAGUCCAGAGUGCAAUGGGCCCACCCUGCAGCAUGACCCUAGCCAUCACCAGACUUGCCCCGCCUCUGAGAAUAGUCUGGGCUACGCUGGCCCCACCCCUCCACAACCCCACACCAAGGUGGAGGGGUCCUGCAUGGAAGUGGAAGCAGCCCAGAGGCGCCUGCAGGAGAUUGAGGAGAGGAUAACCCUGGAGGAUGACGACGAAGAGGAGGACCUGGAUGUAGAGCCAGGACAGAACAGGCCGGUGCUGGUGAUGUCAGAGAGCCUGAGGGAGGGGCUGCAGCGGGGCCUUGGAGACAUUCUCCCACAGACCAUAGCGGAGUCAGUAAGCCGGUCCUGUAUGGAGCUGGUGGUGUGGCGGCCACCGGAGGAGGCCCUGCCGUGUCGGCUCAAAGACUCCUUACAGAGGCAGCGGAAGCAGAAUGCCUGCAGGCAGCCCCCAGCCUCCUCCGCCCCUCAGCCUUCCCCUGCCCUGGAGACCAGACCCCACGCUGGGCUCUACUGCAGCCUAAGUGCCCAGGCCCUGGCCGAGGAGGAAAUGGAGCUUUAGACUCAUGGGGAACUCUUCCCGAGCUCAUCAGCCCUCCUCCCCCUCUGUUUUGGCCUUUGGAUAAAUGGUGACAAGUCUUCAGAUAAAUGGUGACAAGUCAAAGAAGGGAGGUGGAAGAACGUUUAAUUUCUCCACAGACACAGUGCUCAUUUCAAUGCAUUGUGUUUGGGCCAAACGGAUUGCCAUGCUGCCUGGCAUGGGCUGUAUGUUCUACAGUCGCUUGUACCGUCUUGUCCUCAGGAUCUUCCUGGACUGGCCUUUUUCCCCUAGGUGUUGCACCAGGGCAGGAUGUGACAAGUCCCGUAUGUAUGUGAAACGCGAACGGUGCAGCAACACAGAAGGGAAGCAACGGGAGAGCUUUAUAGCAGGGACCACAACGAUUAAUCCGUUUACAGCUGCCCUUCCACAAUCAUGCUAGAAGUCCAGUGUCAAAAAGGUCAUGUGCUAUGCUACCACUGUGUGGAGUACUUGCAUUUUUUUCUUCUUCUCUGUUGUAGCUACUGUAGUGAUAAAGCUUACUUCUCAGCAGACAGCUUCAGUGUAUUAUAGAAAACAUAUAGCAAACAUUUGUUUUUCAGGCUUAGAACUG